GGUUCUGCACCAGCCAUGACUUUAUCAUGUAAAGUCUGAGGAGUUUAUGAAGAUAAUAAAUAUUUUCUCCUUUCUUUGUUCACAGAUGGAUAUGAGUCUAAAGGAGUUACUAGUAACUGUCUUCCAAAGCCUACCUGUGUCCACAGAUCAUUUUGUGAAGGAAUUCCUUCACGUUCUCCACCAGGAUUUGUUUCCCUGCGUGGUUCCUGUGGGAGUGGCCGCUACGUUUAUGUCUGUCCUCUCUGCCGUCUUUGUGGCUUAUAGAUGGAACCGAACCCCAAAGUGCAGAUCCUCCGAAGUAGAUGAAGGUGAUGCAUCCUGCACUGUGGGAGCUAAAGAGACAGAGAGGACUCAUGCGAUGAAGACGAGUCCGAGAAGCCAGGUCUCCCUCGGUCAACUGCAGAGUGUCGUCACGACGACGUGGAUAAACAAACUGGAAGAACGUUUGAAACAAAGUGACAUCCUUCAAAAACAGCUGGAGAACGAACUGGAAACUGCAAGAAGAGAUCUGGAGAACAUGACGGAGGAGCACAACAAGCAGCAGAGCUUGCUACAAGAAUCCAAGCGUGAAGCCGAGUUUCUGAUCAAGGAGAACCAGGAGUUAGAGAAAAAACUGACUGAAGUUAGGAAAGACGACGUGAAGCAGCCUGAAGCUGAAGUCCUGCAGCAGUUGAAGUCUGAACAGCUAAAGAGAGAAAAGGCUGAAAAAUCCCUGCAGGAGCUGAAAACAGAGCUGGACACCAAAAACCAAAAGCUGGAGAGUUUAUCAAAAAAGGUUGAAAUUCUCCAUGAGAUGAUGAAGAAGACAGAGGAGUCUCAGCAGGUGUUGAUGAAGGAGCUGGAAAACCAUAAAAACCAGCAGAAAAACCCGGAUCCUGAUCAAUCUGCAGCCGUUGAGUUAAAACUGGAGAACAUGACGUCAGAGAUAACGGAGCUCCGCAAAGAGGCAAAACAUGUUAUAGUCUUUAUAUUCUGUUGA